UGUGACCGCUCCCUGUUAGCUGAAGCUGCUGUGCGGGCACGAAUGGGUUGCUUUCUGUCUCGGUUACAGCUACAAUACAAACUCCAGCUGUGGUUAAUGUUAUUAAAAGUCUAACAGACAGGUCAGGUAACAGUUAGUGCUCUCUCAGGUGUGUUUACUUCCACUGAAAAGGUGUCGUUUCCUGUUCUGGACUGUGAGUAAUGUUAGUUUGCCCCGCCUUGGCUUGGUGUGUUUGUGCUUGUGGUUUUGAAGAAGAUAAACUGUAACUGCUCUGAUAAGAUGGCGGACUGUGUCUCUAAGGUGGAGCUGAGUGUCUCCUGUUCUGACCUGCUGGAUAAAGAUGUAGGAUCAAAGUCUGAUCCUCUUUGCGUGCUGCUGCAGAGCUCAGGAGGGGAUAAAUGGACCGAGCUGGCUCGUACUGAGCGUUUGAAGAACACCUCCAGUCCGUCCUUCAGUCAACGUCUCAGAGUGGAUUAUCACUUUGAGACGGUUCAGAAUCUGAAACUGGGGAUCUACGACAUCGACAACUCCUCCCAUGACCUCGGCGAUGAUGACUACCUGGGAGGGGUGGAGCUAACGCUGGGACAGAUAGUUUCCAGUAAAACUCUGAGCAGACCUUUGCAGCUGAAGAAAGGCAAACCUGCAGGGAAAGGAACCAUCACUAUCACAGCAGAGGAGAUGAAGGACAAUAGAGCCAUUGUGUUGGAGAUGGAGGCUAAAAACCUCGACAAGAAGGACACAUUUGGAAAGUCUGAUCCGUUCCUGGAGUUUUUCAAAAAAGGAGAUGAUGGAAAGUGGCAGCUGGUCUAUAGAACAGAGGUGGUGAAGAACAAUCUGAAUCCCACCUGGAAGAAGUUUACCGUUCCUCUACAGACGUUCUGCUGCAGCGACCUUGAGAGACCGCUGAAGGUGGAUUGCUCUGAUUACGACAGUGAUGGAUCUCAUGAUCUGAUUGGUUCUUUCACCACGAAAGUCUCUGAGCUGCAAAAAACGGCACAUGGUUCACCGGUGCAGUUUGACUGCAUCCACCCUGAGAAACAGAAGAAAAAGAAGAGCUACAAAAACUCUGGAGUCAUCUCUGUGAAGAGCUGCAAGAUGGAGGUUCAGUACAGCUUCCUGGACUAUGUGAUGGGAGGCUGCCAGAUCAACUUCACUGUCGGGAUCGACUUCACCGGAUCCAAUGGUGAUCCUCGCUCGCCCAACUCUCUCCACUAUAUGAGUCCAGAUGGGUUGAACCAGUACCUGUCUGCCCUGUGGUCUGUGGGUCAGGUGGUCCAGGACUACGACACUGAUAAACUCUUCCCAGCAUUCGGUUUCGGAGCCAAACUGCCUCCGGACUACCAGGCUGCACACCAUGAGUUCGCCCUCAACUUCAACCCCACUAACCCUUACUGCCAAGGUAUUCAGGGCAUCAUUGAAGCCUACAGGAGUGUUUUGCCUCAGCUGAGACUCUCUGGACCCACAAACUUCUCUCCAAUCAUCAACCACGUUGGCUCCAUCGCCGCCUCCAGCAUGCAGAGUAACUCCGCCUCUCAAUACUUCGUCCUCCUCAUCCUCACUGACGGUGAGAUCACCGACUUCGACCAGACGCGUGACGCCAUUGUUCGGGCAUCACGGCUGCCGCUGUCGAUCAUCAUCGUGGGGGUAGGGCCGGCAGACUUUAAGGCCAUGGAGCUUCUGGAUGGAGACGACGGCGUACUGAGGUCGACUGUGGGAGAGGCUGUCGCCAGAGACAUCGUCCAGUUCGUCCCGUACAGACAGUUUAAAGAUGCUCCCCAGACGGCUCUGGCUCAGUCUGUCCUCGCUGAAGUUCCCAACCAGCUGGUUUCUUAUUUCAAAAUGAGAGGCUUUGAACCGCCAAAACCAAAAGCUGCCCCCACAUCCUAAAUCCCACUCCAUACAAAGUCUAAACCCCAGCUUUGCACUCCACAAACCCACCCGCAUCUCAUUCCAACUUUCGACCACGCCCCUCUGCUCUGGCUCCACCCACAAAGUCGACCACCCUUCAGGGACCAACCUGAUGUGUUGCAUGAAAUCUCAGCCAACUCAUCACAGUACAGCACUGAGCUGUCAGCCAAUCAGGAUGCCAUGAGCAACUGUUCCCAGUUAUUUUUUUUGGAUCACUUUGUUUUCUGUUUUUUAACUUUAAUAAUGAUCUUGAUGAUUGAGUAUUGAUUCCUCCUGCUGCUUCAGCACAAACUAUGCAGAUCACAUGUAUAUACGAACAUGUGUUAUAUCCAACACAGAGCCACGCACACACACACAUACACAGGCUCCAUACUCAACCUUGUCUCCUUUACCGUUGCCAUAGUAACAGAUUAUGAUCACUGAUCUCAUGAGAGUUGAUCUUGUGUAAAAAUUGUAUUGACAUUCAAUACGAUAUUCAAAAUAAUAAGUUUAUCACAUCACCACCUAGUGGACUUAAGAGGAACUGCAGCUGCAGGUACCUCACUGUAAUCGGUUGUUUCCAUGGUGACUCUAUGCACUCUGUGUAUGUGUGUGGCUCUGAUUAGCUUUAGCGAUCAGGUAACUUUGCACUUUGCUUCCACCCUGAAUGCUGGAAAAUUAUAUUAUAAAUGACAUUAUAUAUUCUAUAUCAUAGCUUUAUUACUGUAGCCUCUUUAGCCUUACUGUAGUCUUUAGUGUAGCCUGUGUGGCCUCAGCACGCUGCUUCAGCCUGAAUGUUUCCAGAUGUCUCGACUCUCAGUGGUGGGUUGAUGCUGCCAUCUUGGCUCCCAGCGCAGAACUAAUUUUGAUAGUUUGGAACACUGUACUGCAUGUCAUGGACGAUGUCAGUAUUAUACACAGGUCAGACAGUGCAUUGUGAUCGUCAUCAGUUAAUUGUUCACCCCGAAUAAACCAACUGACAUUGUACAUACAACCAGAAAUAAUAAUUAGAAGAUAAUAAUAGAGUCUGCUUAGGACAGGUUGUCUUUAAAAGGAGAGACAGUGUCUCAUAGUAAAGUGCCUUAUUGAAGUAACCCUCUGACAGACUCGUCAUUUUGCUGGGAGCCAACAUGGUCGCCUCAAACAUGAUGAUGUGAUACUGAGUUCAGGUCAUGUGGAAGUUAUGUUAGAUACUUAAACCAGCAUCUAAGUCAGUUUUUUUUUUACCCAUAUAUGAGUGACUUUAUAGACAUGCACAUAUGAUAAGAGAAAAAGGAGUGAGACUUAAUAAACGACAAAAAGCAGGCGAAAAUUAGUUUCAUGUGACCAUUUGAAAGAAGUAACCGUGGUCGCCCUCCAUCCAGCAUGACCGAGGAGCAUCACACUGAGAGUCUGUCUGAACAUCUGCUCUGUUUCUUCUGAUUUAUAUAGCUCCUCAUACCUGGGAUAACAAGAAUGACCUGAACGCGCACACACAAACACACGCUGUCAAAAUGUGUCAAAACUCGUGUUUACUGCAGCAAAGCUACGUUAAAAUCCACUGCUCAUUCAGCAACUGCCAACAAGUCGUCUGCAAUCACUUUAAAUGAAUAAAAUCAUCACAUAAAAUCAACUACUUUCUCUGUGGAUGGUGAUGAAAUGGAUAGGAAAGGAAUGAUUUUUGAGCUUUUAUAUUCCUUUUUUGUUACAGGAACAUUUUUGGCAUAUUUUUAAGGGUCCAUUUUAUUAAAGUAAAUUACACGUACUAUUAUUUGUAGCACUGAAGUUCAUUUUAAUUUUUGUUUGUUCUUCAUGUUUGGGAGCAGUCUGUGUAACAAAAUAAUCUCUUACUCUAGUUUUCUCUGGUGUUUAUAGCUUACUAACACAACACAACACGCUUUGAAUAUAGUGCUAUUUAUAUGCAAUCCAACCACAUCUCACUGUCUUGAUCAGCAAAUGGAGCACAGACUGAAGUAACAGGCUACAGGUAAGCGAACAUACUGAAUGUGGUCUGUUGUUUGUACUUGUAUGGAUUGGGGCUAUGAUUUUGUGUCCACUAGAGAUGUAUAACACCAGUAAAACAGUGAGGACCCUCGAUAAGAGACCAGACUAAAAUCAGAGAAAGAUCAUGCAGGACUUUCACAUCCAAACAACAGCAGCCAUCUAAAACAGAGACAGUGUCGAGUCCCCCUCAUAUGAGCACCACUCAUACACACAAGUUUAAUACUCGGUGAUGAUCUGAAUAAAUGUCCUGCAAGACAGUGAGAUGUGGUUGAAAGCUCUGGGGAAGAUUAUUUUGUCCAAUGUGACAGUGUAUUGUUUUUGUUUUUCUUGUUUUUUUACUUGAAGCAGUUUUAUGUUGCUUAGUUUGUUCUCCGUCUGUCUCUGUGGUGCCAACAGUGUCCGCUGCUUUAUGUGUCCAAGCAAACAAUAGAAACCAUCACCUGCCUCCUGUUUAGAGACUCCUGUGAACCUCCUACAGGAGUCCACAUGGGACACGAGACACAGAAAAUUAAGUAUAAAAGUUCAGACCAUCUUCUGCCUCCUGAAUCUGAUGAUUGGAUUAGAACAUAUUUUUAUGUUGUGAUUAGUUUUACGCAUGGUAGAGAUGUUUAAUGUGUUUGUUUCUAACCAUAGUUUUCAAAAAGAUGAAAGAAGUCGGUUUACUUCAGUUGACAGUUGUGACCAAUUUAGCCAAAGAAUGAACUGUUUCUUUGUUUUAUUUGAAUACAUUUAAAUACAUAAGUUAAUAUCAGGCAGUAAACCACAGGAAAAGUGCAAAUAUUUAAUAAAUGACCUCCUUUGUGACCUUUUGUGCAGGUUGGGAACACACACCAGUGACACCAAACACUAAAGAAUUAUGCCUUAUCAUUUUCAAGCACUUGAAAGCCCCAGAAAAAACAAUACAUUUUGUGUUUGCAUUUUAAUGUAUCUCACAUGUUUGUUCAAAACUGCACCAGAUUCUGUCGACUGAAGUUUGUCUGCCAGGCUGCCAUGACGUCCUCUUGCCAAAAACGUGAAAGUUGAAUUUUCACACAUGGUUUAAAGUGUUCAAAGAAGCCUUAGUUACUUUCAGUGACUGGAAAUGAAGUGAAUAUUAUCUAGAAAUCAUUGUAAAAAUCUGAUCUGAGUUCAGCCAAACAUGCUGUAUUGUCACAGAGUAAAGGAGAAAAUGGUGCCUUAUCUUAUCUUGAUAAAGAAUUACACCACCCACAAUGCUUUUCUCAACAGUGCUGCUCACUUGACCACUGUGAUCAAUCUCAUUUCACACACAUUGUUUUUCACUGUGUAAAUGUUAAACUGGUUGAUCCACAGCACUGUGUGGCCAUCGGCUUAAUUGCUCACUUAUUCUACUAACUGCUUUUAACCAGUAUAACUAUAAACCAAUAGCCUUUAACCAGUAACACCAUGUCUGUAUGAAUGCUUACAAUACAAUAAUAAAACAACUUUGGGAAAGUAAAAAA